UCGUACACAGAAAGGGAAAGCGACUGCAGCGCGCUCUGCUCGACCACUUGCGUUAUUUACACUUUUCAUUUCAUUCUUCGAUCGCGGACUUCCUUGCGGAUUCGCACUACUGAGACACCGAAAUGUGUUCACGCCCGUGUUUAGAUGUUGUAGAAUAGUAUUAUCGUGUUUUAACUAAAAAAUAAUAUAGGACGUUUUUCGUUUUCAAAGUUUAUAGAAUCCUGAUUUCGGUACAAAUUCGUCGUCAGAGUGUAGGACUCAACAGUACAAAGACGGACUCAGGUUCAUCCCUCCUCGUGUAGUUUUGGAUGUCGAGGGCAGUCCGGAGCUGAUGGCUCCUCGCAGGCACCACCACAACGGGUUGAUGGGCGUGGAAGUGGUGGCCAACAUGGACCCCGACACCAUAGAGAAUCACGACCCCAACGUGACCCGCUGCUGCGUCCCCAGCGGCGAGUGUCUCCGCGGCUUCGCUCUCAUCAGUCUGGACGAUCUGCGGGAGACGGUCAAGGUAACGUGUAACAACGACAGCUGCACGGCCGGCCGGUACAUGCACAGGGAGUGUUUCGAGGCCUGGGAGCAGACCGUGCUCACCUACCUCAAGUCCUGCGGCAGGGCCCGCUCCUGGUCGGAACGUCAGCGCCACCAGAACCUCUGGACCAAGAAGGGCUACGAUCUCGCGUUCAAGGCUUGCGGCUGCAAGUGCGGCAGAGGACAUCUCAAGAAGGAUCUCGACUGGGUGCCUCCGCCCCCGGGGUUCGGCGUCAGGGACGACGACGCUUCCAAGAAGAAGAAACGCCGCAACAAGAACACCAGGCCCACCCUGGCCGUGUCGGCCCACCACAACGGCCAGCACCGGCCCACGGAAGCCCAGACCAUCGACCCUCUGCGAGCUCGCGCCGGCAGCCUCUCGUCCUCCAACGGGUCGUCUUCCCCGCCCGCCUCCGCCUCCAGCGUGUCUCCUGUCCACAACAACUCCACCAAGAAGAAGUCGAAAUUCGUGGAGUUUUUCUCCGAUAGACACAGUUCUAUGAACGGUAACGGAAUAUUUUCCAGAAGACAAGACUUCAGCUCUUUCAACUCACUGCCUCGCCAUAAGCUCAAUUCCUACCAUAUCAAGAUGGAAGAUGAGGGCAACCACGGGAAUGACGACACUCGCUGCUUCAUCUUGUCAACAUUGGCCAGCCAUCAGACUUCCAGAGUGCCUUGCAUCCUGUGCAACGUGCCCAUGCUCGUGUUCGACAGAUAUCCCCUCAUCGACGGCACCUUCUUCCUCAGUCCUCGCCAACACAGCAAAGCGUGUGUGGAGGUGAAGGUAGAGGGCCGUACCCAGUACCUGACUGCAGUCUGCAUGGGAUGUCUGGAAGCUUGGGCGCCUGGGCGGAGGCUACGCUGCCGCUACUGUUCCACUCCCUGGGAUGGCUCGUCUCUGGUCCUCGGAACCAUGUACUCCUAUGACAUCUUCGCCGCCAUGCCGUGCUGUACUGAAAGACUUAAAUGUAACGCCUGCACCAAGCCUCUGUUGUUGCCUCACCAACGACUCAACUUCUUCAGCGACUACAGCCACCGCGUGGGAUGUCCCCACUGCGGUGACCAGGAUCAUCACUUCGUCAAGCCGUUGGCCGUGUGUUACUCCCGAGAGUGGCCAUAACGCCUACAGGCCCAGGAGGAGGAGUAUCGAGCCAAGGCCGUAGAGUCGCUGCUCCGAGCCACCUGGGAGACUAAACUUUCGGAGCUCAUGUUGUCGUUCAACUCCUUCGGCUUGUCCUGAACUGUGCCGAGACUCUUCGAACUUUCAGUGUUUUUUUUCACCCACCAGUUAUUUGCAUUUUACUAGGUUCGAUUUUUCGUUAGUUUAAUUUGUAUAUAGUUUUGUCUCUUUUGUGAUUUGCAGAACGUUGUUGGUAGUGUUGGUGAAAGCGAAUUACGAAUGUUCUGUCUGCUGUCGAGAUAAUAUUUUAAAACUUACUUCGACACUUAGUGUCAUGUAAAUAUUUAGUGUUUUCAAUCAUCUAAUACGUGUAAUACGCUAUUUUUCAUCCUUUUCAUUUCGAUAAUCAGUCGUAUGUUUCUGCUAAUUUCGCUUUCACUCUGAAAUGACGGUUCUGCUCUGUGUAAGAGACUUGUUUUUUUUAGAGAAUUUUUAGGUUAGUGUAUUUUGGUUUGUUUUGACCGAUUCUGUUAUGAUGAUUUUUUUGCAUUAGGCACUGCUCAAUUACUCCGUAGUGCUAAGAAGGACUUAUAUUCAAAUUGCGCCGCUUAUUGUAGGUUAAGGGAUCGUCCAUAUCUUGCGAAUCAAAAUGCUCUGUGCCACGCUUGGUCCAGAUGUGAACAAUCUCUGUAUGUACAAAUUCUUCAAAAAUGUUGCAAAUUCCUACCGCUGAUGUACAAAUACAACUGACUGAUAGAAAGAAUAUGGAGAAGUUAAAAUGACUGUUGUACCUCGUUAAUUUUUUUUGGACUUUCACGAAUUUUAUUAGGGUGAAAUAUUGCUGUAAUAAAAUGAAAAUGGCUCAAAAUGAAUAAAAUUAUUUGCCCCUUAUUGGUUUUAUAACUUUGGAUCGUCUACAAUAUCACAACCACAAAGUAAUAUAAACAAUUUUUUAAGAAUGUUAAUAUUUUUUUGGAUUCCUACUUAUCCAUUGUAGUAAUAUUUUGUGCAAUUAAUUUAUAUUGAAGACGUUUUUUAUUGUACAUUCAGUAUGUGGUUUUGACAGCAAUUCUUUUCAAAUUUAUCACUAGUUUGAUGUAUUUUUAUAAUUUUUUAAAUUAAACAUGUUAUAUUUACAACCUAAAGUUUAGCAUAUCACACAACCAUAAAAACAAUUAUGCCUGUUGUAAAAGACUGAUCUUUUUAUGUUUGUGAAAGUCCAUACGUAAAAAAUUACAAAAAGCAUCACUUAGGCCACCUCCUAUUGUCUUAAGUGGCACUUUUUGAAAUUUUUAUUUUCAUUCAGGUUCGAAAGAAUACAAAAGAAGUGAUGAAAUCUUAAGAUUGGUGUUAAGAAAUUAGAGUCUAUAUAAUAUAAAAUAUAGUUAUAUAUUAUAUAUGAUAUAUAAUACAUCGCUACCUUAUUAUGGUGUGAAUGGCUGGCAAGCAAGAAUUGGUUCAUAUGUAAAUUUGUAUAUACUAUCAGAGGCACUUAAAUUUCUGCUUCCAUAUUUAUAUAUAUAUAUAUAUUAUAUACAGCCCGCCACGGGCUCACACUCCUCGAGUCAAAUUACCCACCCGAUUGCAUGAAUCGCAGGACCAAAGCUUUGCAUGACCAUGCAUGAUCCCUGCCUGCGUAACCUAGUGUAAGUCUUAUAAGUGUUAAUAUUUCCUAUUGGUGUUUUUCUAAGCUUAUCUAGGAUAGAGUAUCAUGUGUUCCAGUAUGAGCUUUGUAUCAUGGGUGCUCUAAGGGCCUGCUCAACCAGCAAUAACCAAAAUCGGAAAAGUUAUUUUCAUGUUACCACAUAGAUGUUGACGAGCCCAAGGCCUAAUAUUUUGUAAAACUAUAUUUUCAUGUAUGUAGUUAUAUAUUGGUGAAAAUUAACUUUAUCUUGCACAAAAUUAUUCUUCACCAUUUGUAUCAUAGGGGUGGUGUAUAUGGGAGAUUGUUUUAUAAAGAAUGUUGAAGUGUACCAAUUUUUUUUAAAAAAGCUGGUGCAGUGGACCAAAAACUGAAGAAAAGGUGUAAAGCUUUGGUGGUUGUGUUAAAAAAUAAAAAUUUGUCCAUUAUUAUAAAAUUCAAAUUUUUUAAUGACAUUACAAGUUCUACAUAAAUUCCUUGUUCUAAAUGAUUUCUUUGUUACAAAAAUAAAUAGGUAAUUAAUUUCGUUCAAGUCAAUAAAAAUGAUAAUUGUAUUAUCUUUUAUACAUUUCUAACCAUAUACAAUAUAUCAAAAUAACAAAUUUCAAAAUACAAGCUGUAUCAUUUUGUGUUGAAAUGUAAUGUAUUAAAAAUAUUUAAUACAAAUUUAAAAUAUAUAAAUUGAAUUAAUGAUAAAUUGAAUUUUAAAAUUAAUUAUUGUAAAAUUAAUAUUUACUAGUCUAUUUCAGUCAAGGGCGCAGUUAAUGCACAAAAACCCUUCAAUCCACAAAAGUAAUGAAGUGCUUAUUACAGUGAAGUUUUAUUUAUAAAGAAAAUUUCAGAAUAAUCAAGUUAUAAACAAUAAAUAAUUGGUGGAUUUAAUACAUCCAUAUAAUUUUGACAGAUGUGUCAUCAUCUGUUUAUAGACUGCUUAAAUACACAUAUAAUAAAAAUAUAUUAUAUUUGUGCUCAACUAUUAUAAUAUGUACAACAGCUAUUUUACAUUUGAUUAUUUCUUGCAAUCUUUCAACUAAUCAGAUUGUUCAGCUUUGUACCUUUCAGCCAGCUUGAUUUUAAAAUUUUUAAAUAUCUUUGAGGAUUAGAAAACAUAAAUUUUUAAUUUCUGUUAUUUAUAAUCACGACCCUCAAUAUACAGUAUUUCUAAAGUGUUAAAAAAGAGAUUAACUGCUGCCUUGGUAUAUUCAUAUACUACAAUUUCGUAAAAAGAAUUCAAAUUUUAUUAUUAAAAUUCUAUCAAUUUAAUUUUGUAAUUUAAAUUAAAUAUUUUUUAAAUUUUAAUUGCCUAUCAAAUUAAAUAUUUAACAUGAACAAGUUAUUAACAAAACACGUUUUUAACAGUACUGUUCAAUUUCAGUUGAAAAACCCCAAAAAAUGGUUAAAAUUUAAAUAUGAACAUGCAGUAGCAAACCACCAAAGUGAGGCACGAAGGGAACCACCACCGGUAUAUGUUUAAUACUUGUUUGUAAUCGUUAAGCAAGGUUCCACCAUAGGCCUAAAUAAUUAGUAAUAAUAUUAAUUAGUAUGUAAUUAUUGCCAUUUUCAGGAAACUAUGAUUUUUUCAGUUUGUAUUUUUUUACUUUUGCGAGUUGGUCACGUUUUGGUUUAGUUGAGGUAUACUGUUUUACUUCUUUUGUGUAAAAUAAUUACAUUUUGUUGUUUUAGGACUAAAACUAAUAAUUUAUUAAUAUUUCAUUACUGUUUUUGGAUUGAAUUUUUAAAUUUAAUUUAUAACACGUAAUGUUCCAAUUGAUUUAUCCACAUGACACCUAAAACUUGUGAGGGAUAAAACAAGAUUUCAGAAGUAAUUUUAUUGUAGUCGAUAAUUUGAAGUAGAAAUCAUAGCGUUUAUUACAGGGAAAUCGAUGAGGCCGUUAUAUCCAUGCGUAUUUGACAUGUUUAAUCCACAUACAACUCAAUAGAGGUAGCAGCAAGAUAGCACGUGAUUCAAGCAAAGGCAAACGUACUGUAGGCCUACUUGUGUUUGACCUGAUCUUCCUUUGGUGCACACGUCCUAGUAACUGUUUGCAUGGUAGUAAUAAAACCAUAUGGUAGGAUUAAGCGUACUCCCCAUCCUCUUUUUGUUUUGCUAACUGCCAUAUUUUUAAUUUACGGACGAAAGAUUUAAUCCUCACAGCAACGGUAUGUUUAUUUUAUUGUUUGCAUCAGUAAUUUAAUCUGCAUUGGUAUUAUUUUUACUGAAUUUAUAAAUCGACUCCUAAUUUGUUCUGUUGUUUCUAAUAAUAAAACCUUUAUUAUGGUUCGGCACUUAAUUUUGGCCAACUCGGUUAUCACGUGGCCCCAGCCAAUCAGGGUAGUCGAUACUGAACCGUAUGUGUUUCAUUCAGGGGCAUUUUUUAUAGCCUACCUUUUCUACAAAGCUUAAAAGAUAUUUUCAUUAUUUAUACACGUAAAUAUAACCAUUAGUUACUAAAAUUGCGUAAUAUUUUCAAGUGUAAAUUCGUUAAAAUUUGUUAUAAAACUUUUAUAACGUUUUAUACCUUUUUAUCUUUUCUACUUAGGUGGCUAAGAUCGUUUAUUUGGGUACGUGUUCGUUACGUGCUUUGCAUGUCGGUAUAAUCUGCUUCGCAUCGGUGGUUAUUGCAUGGCUUUCGGUGUACAUAUCGUUGUAGAUGUUCGCUUCCGUAUCCCCUGUACCUACACUGUAUGACUUGAGCAUAUAUAACAGAUCCGUACGUAUAAUCGCUCCGUGCACAGAAUGCAGCUUCUACGCCUAACUCUUGUAUCUCUGACGUAAACAUCGGUAGAGUAGUUCAGUUUGUUCUCUCACAUGCAUCUCUGCUUAUCGUCCGUAGGCUAGUGACAACGGAAGCUGUAUAAUCUGUGUUCUUCUCGUGUGACUGACGUGUGACUGUCCACAUAUUAUAUAAGGAGAGGCUAAGACGAGUACAAACCAACACUUGGCUAACGUAGUGUAGUCUGCCGCGCUGCUCUAAGCCACGCCAUGCCACGCCAAGUAUCCAUGUCUACAUAUUACUACUGUAUAUCUGUUUCACUGUUUGUUGUAUUCGUUUGUUUAUCCUACUUCGGCAAACAAACACAAAUGGUACAAAAGUAAAAAACAAUACAAAUUCUGUUUGUUACUACCUCGACCAGAAGCUCCACUAGAUCUGUCUACCUCUUGUUGCCGUCGCGUCGGUACGGUAUAGCAAUAAGAUGGCUCCGAGACACUCUGCUAUCGUGGUACCAGUUGAGUGGUAACUUCCGUGGUAUCAAAUCUAAAAUUUAAUUUUACUAGAUAAACAGAAAAUAUCUCUUUACCAUAAAUUCAACCAGGACUCCAGUAACAGUUUGCUACUGACAAACAAAUGGUAUGAAAUGGAAAAAGUUCAUUCCUCAAGUUGAAUAUAUUUUUACUAUUAUUUUGAAAUAGUCCAAUAAAAUUCUACUAAUUAGCUAAAAACGGAAAGAAUUAUAUCAAAAAAUAAAUACUACGACAAAUGAUCUGAAAUUUACUAUCACAAUAUUAUUCAAGCAUUUGAAACCUCCAUAACACAUGCUAUCAACUUAGCUUUAUGAUAAAAUACAUAAAAAACCGAGAAAAGUUUUGUUUGUAGAAUUAAAAAUGUUGUUACAUAGAAUAAGAAAAUGAGGAAAACUUCAUAGCACUGAAACCUAAAGGGCACUUUGUGCUACUUCUGGAAGAUAUCAGAAGGGAAAGGUAAAUUGGAGAUUUCAUUGGAUCUUGAAACUUUUUGUGGUUUAAUUCCUAAUGGUGUAAACCAGCCAGAAGUGAACCGAUCCGAGAGUUAGACAACACCAUUGCUAUUUAUUAUUCUCAGAAUUUCCUUUUUCUCCAUUGAAGCAAUACAAUAGUUUUUUGAGUUGCUCAAGAUGAAUUUAAAAACUAAUAUUUCUUAAAGGAGUUUUGAAAUAGUGUCCAUUAAAAGUUAUUGUCCGAUUGAAAAAAGUCGUACUAUCGUUCAUAGAAAUUUUUGGAACUUAAAAAUAUGUAAUAAUUUAUCGCUAUAUAUUUAAAAUUACCCUCAACUGGUACUAACGAUGAAUUGAUUGGAUUUGCAAAAAAUGGCAAAAUACAAUAUCUGUACAAACUUACAAUUCCAGCUGUUAGUACAUAGAUAGUUAGUUUGUUUUGUCACUCUACACUUGGUAUUGUCAUUGUUUCUAUUACUAUUUGUUGUUAAUGUUAUUGGUACACUGGCCAGACUGUGCACUCUUGGCUCAUCAUUGUUGAUUAUCAUUAUUGUAUUGUAUAUAUUAUUUUAAUACUGAUUUCAACGAUGUAAUAACAAUGCUAAACAGUACAAAUUGUAGGUAAAUAUUGAUUAAUAUUGUAAAUUUGUGUUAAUUGUAAUAAAAUGUAACAUUCGUUAGUUUGUAGACAUUUUGUAAAUUCAUUUAGUAAAGUGUUAUUGUUUUGUUUUCAAAUUUUUAUUUGUGUUUCAAAUAAAUUAAUUUACAAACAUAUCUGUAUCUUGAAUUUGUAAUGAAAAACAGUUUGAAUAUUUGUUCUAUCAGGAUUUAACAUGACGUCUAAGAAAGUUACAUGUUACAUUCUGAUUUAUAUACAAUGUCGAAUGUUUUCUAUGAGGUUUGAAUUUUCAUUAAAAAUAGUUUCUUGUGCUGUAACAUUUUCUAGGAUAAAUGUUAACUGUGAAUGUACGAUUUCACGAUAAUUUAGGAAGAUCAAUUGUUGUAAAUAAUUUUGUUGUAGAAAAAUGUGUUAAUUUUAUGACAAUAUAAUUUACCUCAGUCUUUACAAUAUACCGUAGAGUACAAAGUGUAUGCUGAAAUGUGUGCGAGGUGAAGUGAUGAGUCAUGUCUACCGUCAUCGUUCCGUUUGUUGUUGCUUGAGAUUUUAGCCAAGAUUUACUAUGCAGUCUGGCCGGAGGUUAACCUUAGUCCUACAAAUUUAUUUCUCAGAUAGUACAAAUGAGUGUAACAAAUACUAUAUAACAAAAAUUAAAAAAUUAUAUAGAUAAUAUAAUAUUUACCCAGACAUAUUGCGGGAUAUAAAAUUACGAAACGCAAACAUGUUACAUAUUUCAGUUGAUAGCUUAGAAGGUGUUGUGUGUUUUCUUUUUUUUACUGGAGGGCAGUGCCCAUCUUCAAUGUAUUUAUGUCUAUUGUGUAUUCUCUAUCGGGGAGUUUUGCUGUGGUCCAUUUCAUUUGUUUUAUUUUACAAAUGUUCUGUACGUAAUAUAUAAUUACGUUUAUUAAUAUAAUUUAACGUUUAUUUAUCAAAGAAUUUAAUUUGAUCUGUUUGUUUGAUAGCAAACAUUCAUAUAUAAAAACUAGAAAUCCUUUACAUUUUUUAACAGGCAUAAGAUUUAUUAACAAUAUGCUUUAACAACAUUACUAAUUUCUCGAAAAACUUAAAACAGGCUAUUAAUUUGAUUUUAACCUCAAUCAAGACUCCCCUGAACCACUGCCUUCUAUGCCACUGCAGUGUAUUUAGUUUGCUUUGUGCUUCUUGUAAAUUGGUGAAUGAAUGCAGACCUGGAGUUUUCUUAUUAUUUUCUGUCUUUAAAAGAUUACUGGUACUAACAAUAUCUGAUUAUAAUUCAUUUACAGAUAAUUUUUUCAUUGACAUUUAUAUAACAAAAAGAUCAUUUGUCUUGAAAAUUAAAUUGGGUAUAAUUUCAAGAAAACUAUUGUAAAAGCAUAAGAUUUUAAAGGAUGUUAUUUCAAUUGAUAAACCCUUGUAUUUACAAUAAGUUAUAUUAAAGCAUAAUUCAGGUUAUGGUAAUUUUUAUUUUAAUCAUACAUAAUAAUUGUGUCACAUGGUUGACUGUUUAGCAAAGCUUCUGCCUUAUUUUUGUACAUAAUAAAGCUUUGCUUUUACACCGGUGGGUUUCGGUUUACUCUCCAUUAUUAUUAAUUGUAGCAUAUUUUUUUGUGAUAAGUUAAUCAUAAGUUUUUUAUUAGUGAUUGCCAUGAAUGUUGCGUUCUACGAGUCAUUGACAACAGUAACUUUAUCUUAAUUAAACAUGUUUACUUGGAAAUGCACUAAUUUAGUUUGACUCUAGCAAGGUUUAGGUUUCAGUAUAGAUUAGCUCCUAAUACCCAUGUAACUGUACAUUAAACCGUGUAAUUCACUUAAUGAUUCUGUUGUUUUUUAGGGUAGUUUUUUUACAGAUAUUUCAACAAGAUUGUAAGUGUGAGUUGCGAGAGCAGUUAUAUAGCUUUCUGUUCUGAGCUCGAAAAAAAUAAAAACCAAUAAAAAUGAGCAAUUUAAUGUUAUGUUUUGUUUGCUGUACUGUUAAGGCAAGCUUUCGGUGGCUUUUUCUAUGUCUACAACUAGCCUAUCUAUAAGCUAGGUUGAUACAUACUUCUCAAAUAAAGGCAUUAUUAUUCGAAAACGAGA